GCCGUGUGACGUUGUACGUAUGAGUACGGAAGGGUACGUUGCGUGGUUAGGAUACGGAAAUGAAAUGAAAAACCGAACAGAACAUUCACAAACAAUUGGUAAAAGGAAGAAGGACUUAGCGGACAGGUCUCUGUUCAAAUGAAGAGGACCUACCUGGUUGACCGUGCAUGUCACCCCCUGUUGCCAUGGCAGCAUCAUAUUUUCCCAAAUUUCUCCUCCUGCUCCUCCUCUCCUCAUUAACCAUCAUGCUUGUGACCUUCUUGCCUUCUCCGGUUCCAAUGAUUCCUUUUCAUUCCCCCUCACCUUGGCUGCCACAUUCAUGUGGUCCAGGUCAGUCCUGGGCUGUCCAGCUCCAUGCUGAUCCACAACAUGCAGAAGAACAGAGCUCUGUGUUAUUGGAUGUAAUAGCCAACAGGGUGGCAGAGCAGGCUGGGCUGCAGAACCGGGGUCAGAUUGGACAGCUGCAUGGCCAUUACUUGAUGUGCUCUAUAAAGACCAGUUCUGGAUCUGCUGGGGUCCUGGCAUCCCACCCUCAUGUCUUAUGGUACUCCCAGGAGAGACAACUCAGCCGCUCAAAGAGAUCAGUGUCCUUCAAUGAUCCCCAGUAUCCUAAGCAGUGGCACCUGCACAAUGACAUUAAUAAGGGGAUGGAUGUCAACCUGACAGGGGUGUGGGAGCGCAACAUAACUGGCCAAGGAGUGACGGUGGUUGUGGUGGAUGAUGGGGUGGAGCAUACACACCAGGACAUUCAGCCUAACUAUAGUCCAGAGGGCAGUUAUGACCUGAACUCCAAUGACCCAGAUCCCAUGCCUCACCCUGAUAUCCGCAGUGACAACCAUCAUGGUACCCGAUGUGCUGGUGAGAUCGCAGCUGUUCCCAACAACAGCUACUGUGCUGUGGGCGUGGCCUAUGGCAGCAAAGUGGCAGGCAUCAGAGUCCUUGAUGGUCCAUUGACAGAUAGCCUGGAAGCUAUAGCCUUCAACAAGCACUACCAGGUCAAUGAUAUCUACAGCUGCAGUUGGGGUCCAGAUGAUGAUGGGCACACUGUAGAUGGACCUCAUCCCCUGGGCAAGGCGGCCUUGCAGCAUGGGGUGAUUGCAGGCAGAAGAGGUUUUGGAAGCAUCUUUGUGGUCGCUAGUGGCAAUGGAGGCCAAUACAAUGACAACUGCAAUUAUGAUGGCUAUGCCAACUCCAUCUACACCCUCACAAUCGGAGCAGUUGAUGAGAAUGGCAGGAUGCCCUUCUAUGCUGAGGAGUGCGCUGCAAUGCUGGCUGUUACAUUCAGCAGCGGGGGCAGCAAACUGAGGAGCAUUGUGACAUCAGACUGGUCCAUGCAGCAGGGGACAGGGUGCACAGAGGGUCACACUGGCACGUCUGCUGCUGCCCCCCUGGCUGCAGGAAUGGUGGCCCUCAUGCUGCAGGUCCGUCCCUGCCUCAGCUGGAGGGAUGUCCAGCACAUCAUCACUUUCACGGCCACCAAGUGUGACAACAGCGCAGACUGGAGGGUGAAUGGAGCUGGUUUCCAUCACAGCCACCAACACGGCUUUGGUCUGCUCAACGCGUGGAGACUCGUCAAUGCUGCCAGUGUGUGGGAGUCUGUGCCCUUCCUUGUGUCUUAUCAGAGUUCAGUAAUGAAAGAGGAAGCAUCCAUCCCAUUCUAUCCAGAUGAGCUGGUUCAUAGCUGGAAAGUCUCUGCGUCUGACCUGGGACAGUCUGGAAUGGAGACACUGGAGCAUGUGGCCGUCACCGUGACAAUAAGCCACCCUUGCCGUGGCAACGUGGAGAUUGUGCUGGUCUGCCCCAGCGGGAUGACGUCAGUCAUCGGUGCACGCCGAGCCAUUGACAGAGAUCCUGCAGGUUACCAGGACUGGACUUUCUCUACUGUGCGCUGUUGGGGAGAAAGAGCUGAAGGCCAGUAUACCCUCAAGAUAUCUGACCACAAAGAGCUGUCAUCUAAGCAGUAUGCCUCAGUGGGAGUGUUGAAGCAGUGGAAGCUGACCCUGUAUGGCUCCUCUAUGACCUUCAGUGAGGUCAAGGACAGACAAAGGUUGGUAGAGGAAGCUAUGAGUGGCACAUUUCUGGACAGCAGCCUGUCUCUGCCCUGUCCUCCAGGCCUGGACGUCCCUGCAGAGAUCGUCAGUCCCUUCACCUCCAACAACCUCAAGUUCCUACUGUUGUUGGGCUGCUUUGCACUCUUUUGGUCUCUCUACUACACGUUGGAGGUCACACUGGCCCACCUGGACCUCAGGGGCCUUCUUUGUCUGCGCAAGAGGCGCGGAGGUCACUGGGCCAGAAGAGGGCACCAAGGAAGAGGAGUGGAGGAUGCUGUGGCAGAGGAGGAGGAGGAGGAUGGGGAGGAAGAGGAGAUGGACUCAGGGUUUGAGCUGCAAGCAGUGCUGGAUUCAGAGGCCAAAGAACCACUGUUUAAUAGAGAGCAGCUGGUAACAUAGCACUGAGCUAGACAGUGGUUUUUAAAUGAAAACUACCGUCUGUGAUCAUGGGACAUCUCAGGCUUUGACACGGGGGGGCGCCACAGAAUGGACUGCACACACACUUGAUAGAAGGGUGGACUCUGUCUCUGGACUCUGUCUCUGGACUCUGUCUCUGGACUCUGUCUCUGGACUCUGUCUCUGGACUCUGUCUUUUUCAAUUUUCCAAAUUUGUGGCCUUGUAUAAAAUGUGUGUGUGUGUGUGUGUGUAUGUGUGUAUGUGUGUGUACACUUUGUUAGUCCUUGGGUAAAGUUCUAUCAUGAUUUGAUGCACAAGUCCAGUGUGUAAGAAUGAGUGGAAACUACUGCA